AAAUCUGCUUACUAGUAAUAGGGUCAUGGACAAUAUCGAGUUUGAUGUAAAUAUUUUCACAUUUUACGGACAGAAAUAACCGAAUUUGCAGUCUCAGAAUCUGGUUGAGGUGAAGCCAAAAACCAUGCUUCAGUUUCAUUGCUUGCACCCAUUCAAACACCAAUAAGGCUGCUGCUGCUUGUCAGAGGCGAAGAGAAUAAGAAAAAGCAGACUAUCAAAGGCGUGCCAUUCGCUGCGUUGUUGCAAUCAAUAGAACCAAUGAGCAAUUUCAUGGGUUUUCACGCCUACGAAGUGCGGAGCUCCCAAAGGGCCUGGACUUGAAGCAUUAAAUGCUGAUCCAACUAAGGGAUGGAGAGAGAGAGAGAGAGAUGUCGCAGGUUCUUGUUUCGGCCGCUAAUAUGGCAUUGCCCACUCCAUGUCUCAAAGUGAAGUACCCUCUCAGCCUGCGAACAACCGAUUUCUUGGAGCAACGGCCUUUUUGCCGCCUUCACCGGCUCUCCUCCUCGCGGCUUCCCCGAUGUCUUCCUCCUAUUACGAAUGGUAUUCUGCCGGCAUUAGAUUUCAAGGGUAGCAGAGGAAUGAAUGGGUUCUUUGAGGUUGAGCUUAAAGUCCGUGACCAUGAACUUGAUCAGUAUGGUGUUGUAAACAAUGCGAUCUAUGCGACUUACUGCCAACAUGGUCGUCAUGAAUUCUUUGAAACAAUUGGCAUCAGCCCAGAUGCAGUUGCUCGCACCGGCAAUUCAUUAGCACUAGCAGAGUUAUCUCUUAAAUUCCUUGCACCUUUAAGAAGUGGUGACCGGUUCGUCGUGAAGGUGAGAGUCUCUGGCACGUCAGCUGUUCGCUUCUUCUUUGAGCACCUCAUCUUCAAGCUACCCAAUCAGGAGCCCAUUUUGGAAGCAAAGUGCACAGGAGUUUGGCUCGACAAAAAUUAUCGGCCUGCCCGUAUUCCACCAGAGAUUGGAUCGAAGUUUGUUCAGUUCCUUCAUAAUGAGGAAUCAAACUGAUUUCACCGUAGUAGCUCAAAGCAGAAGGGGUGUUUUCGUAUAAAGUGCUCAUUUGGAUGUGUUUAAGUCGCCUACAUUUGCUUACGAGAGUAUUGUGUUAUGUAUUCUGCCAUUUCUAGUUAUUUAUCUCAGCUCCACAUUUGUGAAGUAGUAGUUUUUUUUCUUUCCAAACAUGCUACCAGGUGGAUUGGUCAUACUGUACAAUGGUCAGUCCUUGUUUGUAAAAUUACUCUUCUGUGAAAUCCACAUACCAUUAUGUGGAGUGUUUCAGUGUUGAA